AUGUCUUCUACAGGAGAGGCCCGUUUCGACAUCGUCUACUCACCAAAGAACAUAACUGAACGCACAGUGCUCCCCCAGUCUGACGAGCAUUCUGAAGACUUUUGGAACAAAGUCCAGUCCGCCGCCUUUGAAUGCCUCGAAGCCCUGCUCCUUGUCUGGCCGAUCUUCGGACCCCUCAAGGACAUCACCGUCCUCGACAGCACGGCUACACCAGGCGAGGCGUUCGAGAACCGGGAACCGUUCGUGACUGAGAACCCCGACGGUUCCAAGACGUUCCACCCCGUGGCCUCGCUGCCUGCCACCUACCCACUCCUCUCCCACAUCACGGCAUCCGUUGGCAUCUUUGACGAUUUCCUUGCGGUUAGCGAAAGGAUGACGGAGCUGCACGACUUUGACUGGGCCGAGGUCGACGAGGCUAAGCGCGCAGGCGUCACGAAGUUCCGCUGCCGCUACGAGAAGUGCAGGCGUCAGCCGUACUUGUUCAUGACCAAGGAGCCGAAGCUCUUCAUUCAAGUGCAGGAGAAGCCCUGUGUCACCCUUGGCGAGGCCGUGUGUGCCAUCCACGAGUGGCUUCUUGCCUUGCAGGAGGAGAUCCUCAUCGCCGAGACCGCGUUGUGGGAUGGCGAUAGUUGGGGUUGCCAGACGCCACUACUACCAAAGGAUACGAAGUUCUGGGUGUCUGGUCUUUGGGGGACGGAUGUUGUCCGUCAGGGUGGGAUUGGAUCUGGAGAGCAGAUGCCGUGGAACCCCGAGACAGGGGAUGGAUGCCCAGACACAGCGGAGGGGUGGGAAGAACGUUUAGAGAUGGCAAGGAAGAGGCGAGAUCAUCUUCGCACUAGAGGCGACGGUGGACAUACACCUGGGAUGAUAGAUGUUGAAAGUGGUAGCUACAAGUCAGCUAUAUAA